GCACAAAGGAUAGUUUCUUUUCUGUUUGCCAUGGUGGUGCUGUUUCCACAGAGGUGCAGGACUUUUUAAUGUAGUGAAGUAGUGAAGUCUGUUUUUCAGGGUUUAAUGUUAUGCAGCAAAACACCACGUCAGACUUUGCCUGUGUGAAAACCUACUUGACAAUUAAACCGCUUUUAUUUUUGAGACAAACACAAUAAAGGAACCUCAAAGCGGAAGUUGCAUGUACUCGGACACUUUAGUGCGACGAACAGGAAACGGAGCCGGAAGUGAGUGCGUCGUUGUUUAUAUUCCCCUGCUACUCCACCAUGAAGGAAGCGAACAUGGCUCUCCCUGUGAGCGUAGCGGCUCUGCUCCAGACGGACCUCCUGGAGGACGCUGCUUACCGGGACGACGGCCUGUGCGUCGUCGGUAUUUUCGGCAAAAGCAACAUGCAGCCCGGACCGUUGAAGGACUCUCUGGUCAACACGCUGGCCGACAAACACAUCUUCUCGCUGUUCGGCGGACCGGAGGACGGCGGCUCCGCGGACAGCAACAUCCAGGCCUUCUACAACCAGGAGAACCGGGUGCUGUACCUGCUGCUCUCCUCCGUGUGCGACAGUCGGCAGCUGCUGCGGGCCUGCCAGUCUCUGAGCGCCGCCACCAGCCACUCCGACGCCCACGACUUCUGGAAGGGCCUGGACCGGCAGCACUGCCUUCACCUGCUCUACAUGUUCUCGGUGUGCCACGUCCUACUGCUUGUACACCCCAACCACACCUUCGAUGUGACCUACGACCGGCUCUUCCGAGCCCUUGACGCCCUCCGGCAGAAGGCCCUGCCUCUGAUCCGGGCUGCCAUCAAGGACUGCCCGGUGUCCAAAGAGUGGAAGCUGAACUGCCGGCCCUGCCCUCCACGGCUGCUCUUCGUCUUCCAGAUGAAUGGCACUCUGAAGCUCUCUGGGAGCAGCUCAGAGUCUGGAGGAAACCCUGACAAACCCAAAAAGCACUCUCCCAGGAGGAGGCUGCAACACGCCCUGGAGGACCAGAUUUACCGCAUCUUCCGUAAAAGCAGAGUCCUGACCAACCAAAGCAGCAACUGCUUGUUCACUGUGCCUGCCAACCAGGCUUUUGUGUACGUGAUACCGUCCACAGACGAGGACCCUGUGGGCGCCUUGCUUGGUCAGCUGCGGUCAAAUUGCAUCUUGGGCGACCAGGACUCCACCACGACAGUGUCAGGACCAAGGCGUUAUCAGCAGAUGCGACGUUCGGCUCGGCAGCCCAGCAGCAGCGGAGAACUGACCAGCAUGUCGAUGGGCGGUCAGCUGGUAGACUGCAGCUUGAAGGAAUUCCUCUGGCAGCACGUAGAGCUGGUUCUGACAAAGAAAGGCUUCGACGACAGCGUCGGUCGCAACCCGCAGCCUUCACACUUUGAGCUGCCGACCUACACCAAGUGGGUCCAGGUCGCCUCCAGACUCCACCAAGUCCUCAUCAGCAACACAGAUGAAGAAAUGGCUGAGCUGGCCACGAAAGUGCAAAGCCAGGUGAAGGUCUUGGAGGGUUUUCUUGAUGCUGACACAAAGUUCUCAGAGAACAGGUGUCAGAAAGCUCUGCCUCUGGCUCACAGCGCUUACCAGUCCAACCUCCCCCAUAACUACACCACUACAGUGCACAAGAAUCAGCUGGCUCAGGCUCUGCGAGUGUACAGCCAGCAUGCAAGAGGUGUAGCUUUCCAGCGCUAUGCCCUGCAGCUUCAUGAGGACUGCUACAAGUUCUGGAGCAACGGACACCAGCUGUGUGAAGAGCGAAGCCUGACGGACCAACACUGUGUUCACAAGUUCCAUCUCCUGCCUCAGCCAGGAGAGAAGCCAGAUAUGGAUCGUAACCCGCCCAUCCUGAACCACAACAGCAGGGGGCGCUCCACCAGCUCCUGCAACUGUGGCAGGAAACAGGCUCCUCGUGAGGAUCCAUUCGACAUCCAGGCAGCCAAUUACGACUUCUACCAGAUGCUGGAGGAGAAAUGCUGCGGGAAGCUAGAGCGGAUUGAGUUUCCAGUGUUCCAGCCCAGCACUCCUGACCCAGCUCCAGCCUCCAACCAGGCUCCGCGGCUCCCAGGUGAGGCCUCAGGGACUGGAGAAGCAGAGAGGCUGAAGGAGCCGAGCACCGCCCAGAGCCACACACCCGGAGACACCAGCCUCAGCCUGGCUCUCAGCCUGGGUCAGUCCACGGACAGCCUGGGACCCUACGGGGAGGGAGACGGACCCGAUGCACAGGUCCAGCAGAAGAGGCCGAGUCUGAUUGAUCGGCAGCCCUCCACUGUGGAGUACCUUCCUGGUAUGAUGCACUCUGGCUGCUCCAAAGGCCUCCUCCCCAAGUUCUCCAGCUGGGCGCUGGUCAAACUGGGCCCAGCAAAGUCGUACAACUGCCACACCGGCCUGGAGCAGCCAGGCUUCCUCCCCGGCUCCUCCUUCCUGUUGCCAUGGGACUUGGUGAUUCGCUCUCGGUCGGAGGAAGAUACGGGACUGACGGAGACUUUGGAUGGAAACACUUCCUCGUGGCCAGCACCAAACAAGGCCCUCAUUGGGAAGCGAGGGAGCACCGGAGGGCUCGGCAGGAGUCGCAGGAGGGAUGACAUGGCUCGGGUCUUUGUUGGCUUUGAGUAUGAGGACAGCAGGGGGAGGCGCUUCAUCAGCUGUGGGCCUGAUAAGAUAGUAAAAGUGCUGGGACCUGGAGGCGCCAAAGAUCCGGCUACCAGGGUGCUGAACACCGACAUGCCACUCUACAUCCCAUCUCCUUCUCAGGGCAGAGGCCUGAAGCCCCACUUCGCCCAGCUGGCUCGCCUUUUUAUCGUAGUGCCUGAUGCCCCGCUGGAGGUUACUCUCAACCCACAGGUGCAGCCUGGUCCUCCUCCCUGCCCAGUCUUCCACCCAGAGCAGACCGAAAUAGUUUUGCCGCCCGAUGGCCUUUGGGUGCUGAGGUUCCCUUAUUCCUACGCGACAGAGCGCGGCCCCUGCUACCCCCCCAAAGAGAACCAGCCCCUCAACAACUACAAAGUGCUGCGAGGCAUCCUGAGGGCCACCACUGCUAACCCUGCACCACAGUGAACUUCAAUCCUGCCUUAUUUAUUUCCACCUCCGCGUUCAUGCUGAGAGAAUUCAGUUUUCAGUCGAUCUGCUGGCGGCAGACUCUGCUGUGACCCACAGUGACCACAGUAAUGGUUAUGUUCCAUUAAAGGUGCCGUGGCUGUCCAUUGUUCCCCACAGAUGGAGUCCUAUUGAUUCUGGUGACCUUUAGUGCACAAUUAAAGCAAAUUCACUGAAGACUUAAUGCUCCCCAGAGGACGAACCCAUCCUGAAGUGCCAUUAAACUUUACUUGUCUAGCUCAGAGGACAUUAAAAGCAUCAGUAAGGCAUUUUUUCCUGACACUUUAAGGUGACAUGGACGCUGUGGCCUCUAGCAGGGCUUUAAGCUGCCGCUCAGCUUCUUCAGAAGUGCUGGUCAGAUGGUCGAACGGCUGAGGGGGCUGCGCCAGACAAAUUCUGUAAUUUUCCAACUGUCCCGUUCUGCUGAGGUGAGAAAGCAAGCAGGACGUAAAGUUUGGACUACUUCUGUCGAGUGUACUGAGUAGUCGGACACUAUGAAUGCCUUCCAGGAGAGACUGUCUGAAAAUGUGCGUCGCUUUCCUCAUAUUUAAACAAUAGUGCAUAUCAUUCCUCUCUAUAAAAGCCAGCUGUUCACUUUAGAUUGGCUGCUUAGCUCAAAUGUUAGAUUCCUGACAUUUGGUUUGAGCAUUACUUGAUCCUUUGGCUUCUGUUGGACUCUAGUUUAGCACCUGUUGGAUGACUGUUGCUCGUAGUUUUGCAGGUUUGCCCCACAGUUGUCACUUUUGUCAGCAUUCGUUUGGCAGUUUAAGCACAUCCAAUCAGCUGCAGCGAGUCAUUGGAAUAAAAAGCGGUUGAUUUUUCCACAUCUA